UUUAUUAUUCCCUUUUUCCCCUUUUCAUAAACAAUAGUUUCCACGCCAAACAACAAUUACUGGGGAGCACAUCUGAUUCGGUGAUUCCAAUUUCCAAGUUCUCAAUUUUCUGCUCGUUCUCUUCCACAAUCCCACUACUCAAUUCUUCGGAAUUAGGCUUUGAGACAAGAUCAAGUUAUCGACACAGUUGAGAUGGAUACAGAUUCUGUUCAUGAUAUUACUGUUUCAUCUAUUGAAAAUGAUCCUGGUGGUGGCAUUGAGGCGGUAUCAGUUGAUGAGGGGAAAUCAGGGGAUGUCUCCUCUGAGAAAGAGUUGGUACGGGAGGUUGGGAGUUCUCUUAUUAGGCUCGAGCUGGAUAUAGCUUGUUGUUCAGAGAAGCUAGUCAAUAUGAACCUACUUAUGAUGCAUGUAGCAGGAAGAGAGAGUGACUUUGAAGAUUUUGCUUCGAGAAAAGAGGAUGCACUGGUUGAUGCUGGUGGGAAGGCAUUGGAAUUUGAUAUCUUAUCCGGAAUUUUUGAUUCAGAAGUCAGGGAGAUGAAUAGCUUCAUUGGUAAAAUAAAGUUAGAGAUCAAUAAUACUCGUGAGGUAAUUUCUUCACAUAAACAUUUAGGAGAAGGGUUUUUGGCAUUGGAAGAGAAGUUGCAUGAUGCUGAAGAAUCAAUAAAGCAAUCACAAGAACAGGUCUCAGAAUUGAUUAUGCAAUCUACAAAGUUCCAGAAGAUCUUAUCAAGUGUUAACCAAGAGGAAACCUCUGAUGAAGACAAGGAAGCAGUCAUGUUAGGGGAUGGUGACUUUUUAAACACAACGGCAAAGCUAAGAAUGCAAACAUCGCAAGAGCAGAGACACAUACUGACGAUGCUGGAAAAAUCUUUGGCAAGAGAACUUGAGCUGGAUAACGAGCUAAAGGAAUGUAUGCAAGCCCGGGAUGAGAUGAAACAUAAGCUUCAUUUUUCACAACAGAAAUUCAUGUCUGCCGAAGAAGAAACUGUAGCUGUCUAUGCCCGCUUCUUUGAAGCUGACAAUGCUUCAGCUGUGCUUAUGGGAAUUUCAAAAGAAUUGAUUGGUAAGCUGCAAUCAUGCCAAUUACAAAUAAAUUGUGCUGUCCGUCGAGAAAACGAAAUGAACACUAAGCUCCAAGAUUGCACACAAACUGUUCAAAAUCUGGAGAAAAAAGAGGCUUUUAUGGAGGAACUUGCAGAAAAAAACAGAUCGGAGGCCUUGGCAUUAAAAGAGAAGGUGAAUUUCUUGGAGGAACAGCUAAAGGCUUCAGAAUCUGAACUGGUAAAUGGAAAUUCUUUUUUGGAUGGCAAGAGUGAGCAGAUCAAAGAGUUGGAAGAGAAAUUCUUCAUAAUUGAAAGCAGGGCUCAGAAGGCAGAAGCUGAAUCAAAGUUGCUUGCAGAAGCUAAUAAGGAACUUAAUGUGGAACUUGAUCUUCUGAAAAACAGUGGUGUCUCUGCUGAGAAGGUUGAUUCCCUGGAAAAGGAACUAAAGGAGACAGAUAUGCAGCUUCAAGAGGCAGUGGCAUCGGUGGAAGCAAAUCAAGAGAAUCAAACCUUGUUGUACACUUCGAUUAAUGACAUGGAAAUUUUAAUUGAGAAACUAAAGUCAAAAGUUUUGGAAGCCAAUGCUCAGGCUGACAGUGCAGAAGAUAAAUGCAUUAUAUUGUCUGAAAGCCAUGCAGAACUUAAUGAUGAGCUGAUUUUCCUUAGGGGUAAAUUAGAAUGCUUGGAAGCAUCUUUGCAACAAGCAGAAGACACAAAACGAGCAACUGCAAAGGAUAUAAAUAUUCGCAGCAAAGUAAUAACAGAUAUGGUAAUGCAGCUAGCCGUUGAAAGAGAACGCCUUCACAAACAGUUAUCACUAUUAACAUUGGAAAAUAGGGCUCUUGUAGAUAAACUACACAUGGCAAACAAAGUUCCGUCCAAUUCAAUGAACCAUGAAGGUGGGGAAACUGAGAAAGGAGUUUUAUCUUCUGUACAUGAUGUACAUUCUGUCGAUUAUGGGAAAGGAAAUAAAGAAGAUUCUGAUACUAUAGAGGUAGAGAUGUCUACAGAAGAUGUUUUGGACAGAGAAUGCAAGUUGGAACCUCAGGAUUUGGAGUCCAAGCUUGAAACAGUUAGGACAAUUGAUCCAGGGCGGCUUAAUGUCAAGUAUGUAAUUUCAGCAAGUCUUGUAGUGUUAGUUGCAAUUUUGGCAGUCCGUUUUCUUCAAGCAGAAAACUUGCCGUUGUAGUGACAACUUAGAUUCGGUUUUUGCAGUAGCCAUUGUAAUUUUUAGUGAAUUUUUGGUGCAUCCAUAGAUUGUGACACAGGCUAGUUGAAAAUCCCAAACUCUUAUACUAGUACAGAGUAAUUGUUAUAAACCAUGUAUACAUACUUACAAUAGUUACAUAGGCGAUAGACGAAAUAUUUUUGGCCAAUGCACCAUGAGUCAUGACCUAUUUUUUUUAAUUUAUAUUAGAGGCAAUGAAAUUGAAAGAAUUUACCGCUAAGUCGGAUGA